AUGUCGCUCGUCCCAGUCGGCGCCCCUCGUGAUGCCGCUAUCACCAUCGGCCCCUUCAAGCCGGCACGACCAGGUUACGGCCCAGUACUCUCCUACCUCCAAGCAGCCCAGCUCACAACACCACUCAAGAUUCACCCCCUCCUGCAGCUCCGUACUUGGGACCCCAAACCCUAUCCAAAGUAUCUGGCUUGGAAUGCUAUCGAGCAUCCUAUGUUUGCUGCAAUCUGGGUUGACUUUGAUGAUACCGAAACCGUAAGUUUAUGGCCCAACGUGGAAGGACGCUUCUUACCAGCUGCUUCUUUCUUUGUCAAUAGGAAUGUGAGGAUCAAAGAAAGAGGGCAACCAGCAACAUCGCCGAUUGUGGAAGAACUCAAUCUAGGGCACGUCGAAACGGGUUGGGCUAUCCGAGUCAGAAAUCGUAUGGUGCGUCCCCUUUCUGUCAAUCUUAGACUCAAGCUCAACGUUUUGAGGAAGGGUAUAACAUGUGAGGAUGUCUUGUUUGCAAUAUAUGACUUCUUCGCGUCACCACUGUAUGUCGACGAAUUGGGAGAAAUGCACCCUCGAGCCGUUAGAAUCAUGGAACAGCAAUACUUUGAGAAGCGUAGAAUGGGUUUCUUCGACUUGAUGGAAGGUUACCGUAAAUCGGAUGCUCUUCUGGGUGCAACGUACUUCGAUGGUAUCCACAAUGAUCCAGAAAGUGUUGAGCGGCUCAAAAACAAGUACAACUUUCACUCCUCCAACUUUUUGCUCCUUCGCUUGGGCAACUGCUGA